GUUUCUCGCGAGAGAUGAGGCUCGGCUUUGCGGAAGUGACUCCGCGGAAGAAGCGUGGCUUCUCUCUUCAUACCAGGUGCUUCGUCCUGAACCGCUUACACCAUGCAGUCAGAUGAUGUUAUUUGGAAUACAUUAGGAAACAAGCAGUUUUGUUCCUUCAAGAUACGAACAAAGACUCAAGGCUUUUGCAGAAAUGAAUAUAGCCUGACUGGACUGUGUAACCGGUCAUCUUGUCCACUGGCAAAUAGUCAGUAUGCCACUGUCAAAGAAGAGAAAGGGCAGUGCUACUUGUAUAUGAAGGUUAUAGAACGAGCAGCUUUUCCUAGGCGUCUCUGGGAACGGGUCCGGCUUAGUAAAAAUUAUGAGAAAGCACUGGAACAAAUUGAUGAAAAUCUGAUUUACUGGCCUCGCUUCAUUCGACACAAAUGUAAGCAGAGAUUCACCAAGAUAACCCAGUACCUGAUUCGAAUUAGAAAACUUACACUAAAGCGACAGAGGAAACUUGUUCCCUUGAGUAAGAAGGUGGAGCGAAGGGAGAAAAGAAGAGAGGAAAAGGCAUUAAUAGCUGCUCAGCUGGACAAUGCCAUUGAGAAGGAACUGCUGGAGAGACUGAAACAAGACACGUAUGGCGACAUCUACAACUUCCCCAUUCACGCCUUUGACAAGGCUCUGGAACAACAGGAGGCAGAGAGUGAUUCUUCAGAUGAGGAGGAGAAAGAUGAUGAAGAUGAUGAGGAAGAUGUAGGAAAAAGAGAAUUUGUGGAAUAUGAUGAAGUAGACGAAAGUGACCUAAGUGAUUUUGAGGGUAUGGAUAAACUGGAGGCCAGUGAUGAUGAAGAUCAGUAUGAGAAAUCAUCCGGUGAAGAGGAAGAACAGGCUCUUAAUGCAAAGCACAAAGGGAAAACACCCUUGAAAGGAGUUCUGCGCAGAAAACGAGCCUAUGUAGAGAUAGAGUAUGAGCAGGAGACAGAGCCCACAGCCAAGGCCAAAACCAUGUGAUUUCUCUCCAAGUGUAAUCAGGACUGAGCGUGCUCAGGGUCUUCUUUCCAUUUAUAUGCACCUCCCAUUUUUUGCUCUUUGGUAUAUUUCACACAAUAUUUGUGUUUUUAAUAUUUAUGCUACUUCACUGAGGCAAGAAAUGUGAAGUAAAUGGAGAAAACUCGUGAAUGAACAUUUUUAUAGCGUAUGUGCUGAAGUGACAGCUUGAAUCCAAGAAGCUUCACGGGUGAGUUCCUGGAGCUUGAAUGAAGAUUGUGGGUGUGAAUAUUUCUAAAUUUUAAGCACUGAAUUCCUUGGUGUCCAUUUCUUUUUCCUCCUAACCUUUAUUUAAAAAUGGUGGGUUUUCAAUUUUUCCUUGUUCACCUUUCCCUGUUCCUAUUAAGGUGAAAGGAACAAGAGGAGGAAAAAAGAAACUCCAAUUUAAAAUGUUUAAUACAAAAAUGCCUUUCUCCAUCACUCCAUUUGUACAAUAUGGGACAGAAGAACCUUUCCCUUGGGAAAUAUUCUUAAAUUCCAUGGUAGGACAUGCCUUCAGAGUCCUGCUGCACUCGCCUGAUGCAGCUCACCACUGUGGUGUCUGUACAGCUCAGGAGGGUUCUCGCCAGGAGAUCCUGAAACAUGGAACCAAACAGGCAUGAACUUUUUACAGAAUUGUUUUUUCCCCUUUUACCUUUAUUCUUCUGUCUUACUAUUCAAAGAAGUAAUAAAAGGAUGACACUAGAGGAGAGCUUACAGUCAGAACACGUAUUAAAAGCCACACUAGGAAAAACAAAAAAAAAGCCGCACUAGGGGCCGGGGAUGUACCUUAGCUGUGCUGAGCCUGCUUAGCAAGCGUGAGGUCCUGAGUUUGAUCCCCAGUACCAAAAAAAAAAAAAAAAGCCAUACUAUCUCUAAAUAUUUUUAGGAUAUAAAUUUCUUUUCAUGCUGCAUUCAGUCUUUCAAUUAAAAAUCUCUAUAUUAUAUACAGUAAGAAAUGAGACAACUAGUUCAUUACAUACAUAUAAAUGUACACAUAGCUAUAAUAAGCUAUGGUCUGGAGAAGUUGACUUUUGUGGAACCAAUGGAGGAAUUCCAUUUUGGACAUACAGGAAAUGGAAAAACAUCUACCUAAGAGAUAGUUCCUCCCUUUAAAAUGGAAACAUUUCGGGUAUCUGAAUUACUCUAAAUAAUUACUAUUACUCUGGUGGCUUAGAGCCCAUUGCCUUUUUUUUUUUUAAUUCACAAGAACAACUUAAAUGUUACAAACUCUGGUAAUAAUGCUUUUGCCUGUUUUCUUUUGGCUUUUGCUCUGAGUUCUGAGUAACUUUAAAGGAAAAUAAAAGGGUCUAAGGGUAUAGAUCAAUCCUAAGUACAUCCUUAGCAUGUGCAAGGUCCUGGGUUUGAUCUUCAGCACCAAAAAUACGAGAAAAGAAAAGAAUAAAGUAUUGAUCAAAACUAUUGAAGACCAGAGGGCACAGAUAUGAAGACCUAAAACCCUCCAUAUUCAUUUCCAGACUUGUCCAGGCAAAUGAACAGUAAAUUCUAAUCAAUCAUAGGAAUUACCCGAGUAUAAGGAGGCCCAAGUGAAACCAGCUGCUGACUGCCUUACCUUUACCUGUCCUCGAGAGCAGCGGUCCAACAGGAUCAGGCCAUCUGUGGCCUCCUGUAGCAGGGCAUUCUUAACAGGCUCAGGUGUAAGGCUCGGGUCUCUUGCCACAUCACAUAUCAGCUUCAGGAGAGCCUUUAAUAAGACCACAAGUCUGCAGGAAAUUCUGGAAUCAGAUAGAAAACUAUUUACUCUAAAUUAGGAUAUUCAAAUUUGAAUUCUGGUGGAAAGCCCUCAUUUAAAGUGAAGGAACUAAAGUCAAAGUGACAUGAAAGGGCUAGUUCUGGAAACAACCAGAGACCAGCCUCCGGACCUUACCCUCCAUCUGCUUUUACCUCUGCAGCAGGCUGCUUGUGCAGAUGCACACACAUGCAACACCUGCUUGAGAACACCCUAACUCCUUCCAGAAGCUUCUCUUCUAAGGAAACAGGCCCCUCAUGGGGUAAGGGGGGGAAACAAGAUCUAUCCUCAUCACAAUCCUACACUUUUGCCCAGAGAAAAGGACCUGACCAAGGUCCUUUAACUUAUUCCAGUUAACUUUGUACCGUCUUUGGAAGUUCAUAUUAGAAUAAGGGAAAUAAGGUUGGGUCCUGGGGCUCAGCAUCAAUUAGAAUUUUCAGUGAUGUAAUUUCAGAUCCUAGCUUACUAUCAUUUAAGUCCAGCCUAUUUUCUUGUGAUUAUUAACCUUCCUAAAAGUUGAAAAACACAUUUCUGGAAGUGGAUAGGGAUGAUGGUUAUAUAACAUUUUCAUAGUACUUAGUGUAGUGCCACUGAAUUGUAUACUUUAAAAUGGUAAAUUUUAUGUUUUUUUUAACCACCAUAAAACUACAUCAUUGUGAAAGCUGCAAAAUAAUUCAAAUUGUAAUGUGAAAAUACAUACAAUAAACUCUUUCUGCACAGAA